AUGAGCUUAGAUAAAAUGGAUUCGCUAGACGGAAGUCCGUACUCCCAAAGGCGGCACUGGCUGAACGUACAGGAACAGCAACAGCAACAUAUCGAAUAUCGAUUCUCGCGGCCGAUCAAGAUAGUGGACUACGAUAACGAGCGAAACUCCUGGACCGCGCCUGGCAGUCCUUAUCACAUUCGCCGACCGGCAUUCGAUAGAAAUAGACUAUGGAUAGAAGAUGAUGUGAGUUCCGAAUCGGAAAUCGAUCGCAAAGAUCAGCAUAUCAUCAACGACCUUGGACCGGAAGAUGGUAGCAGUAAUCCCGACCAAGGGACAGCUUUCACAAAUGCGGAAACAGAAAGGGAUCCUAUGUUCCCCAUUACCAUACAGAGUGCUCGAAGCCUACAGAACCUUCGACUGCGGCGUGAUCCACAGCAUCAAGGGACACGUGCUGUCAAAGCCCGACGUGUCGUCACCAAAAAAGGUGAAGGCAACGUACACCUGGCCCAUUUGCCUCAACGAUCGAUUCGGUUUGCGAGAGAUAUUGCCACAACCUUGGUUGACGAGCAAUGGCGCUACACGCUGAUGUUGUUCGUGCUGAGCUUCUGCCUUAGCUGGCUGUUUUUUGCCGUCCUUUGGUAUCUGAUCGCGUACGCCCACGGCGAUCUGGAAAAGGAUCCAAAAACGGGCGAACGGCUUGGGGACGGCAAUAAGCCGUGUGUCGAGGGUACCACCACCUUCACCGGCUUUCUGCUGUUCAGCGUCGAAACGCAAGUCUCGACCGGGUACGGUGUGAUCGUACCGACGGAGGAGUGCCCGGAGGCGUUCUUUUUGCUGCUGGUGCAGAUCGUGUUCGGGAUGGUCAUUGGCGGGGCGAUGGUUGGUGUCGUGUAUGCCAAAAUGAUUCGCACACCCAAGCGAAGCUUCGAAAUGAAAUUUAGCCGAAAGGCCGUCAUCUGCCAGCGGGAUGGUCGGCUGUGCUUGGUGUUUCGUGUGUGCGACCAAAAGCAGCAGCAUGCGAUCGGGACGAAGGUGACGGCAACGAUGCUCGAACCCCGGCGCCAUCCGGGCACGAGCGUGGUGGAACGCUGUGAAUCGCGCCUUCGGUUGCAGAACAAUGGGCACAUUUUGGCCCUAUGGCCCAUCACGGUGUGCCACGUGAUCGAUCGAUACAGCCCACUGUACGACAUUUCGGCCACCGAUCUACUCGAUCGGCGAUUCGAGAUCGUUGUCACGAUGACGGGCGGAACGAUGACGACGGGCCAAACGACGCAGGCACGCACGUCCUACCUACCGAUGGAGAUCCUGUGGGGCCAUCGGUUUCAGAAUAUCAUCGAGUACGAUGCGCAGCGCGAGUGUUACGUGGCCAUGAACGAGCAGCUCGAUCUACUGGAGGAGGUGGACACGCCACUCUGUAGCGCCCGGCAGCUGGAAGAGGUGAUCGACGAGCUGCAGAACGAACGGAACCGCUUUGACGAGUUUUCACGAGCAGAUGAGGACAGUAGGCUAGGGACAUCUUUUCGAUCGAAAAUCAGCAACCGAUUACGUAGCAAUCCCAGCUCCUACGUGCGCUUCAACGAUAUCUAUUCCGAGGAGGAGGAUGAUAUCGAAGGCUCGGUGGAAGACGAUAGACAGAAAGAAGGUAACUCUGUCUGCGUUACUGUUGACGACGGUAAAGUGGUUGAUCGAGAGUCCACUGAAGCGAAUAGCAACCUUGCGCAUGCAAAAACCGAUCUAGAGCCCAUCGACAUAACUGAAAAAGAGGCAAAUGUGGAAAAUGGAAAGCCUCUGUAA